ACCAAAAUCACUUGAGAUUAGCGAAAGCCAUCCAAUUAAGAAACAUGUCAGAAGUAGAGGUGCUAGGGGGUCCUUUGAGCCCAUUCAGUUUCAGAGUGGAGAUCGCCCUUAAACUGAAGGGCAUACAAUAUGAUUUCAUACAAGAAGAAGAUUAUCGCUUCAACAAGAGCCCUUUACUUCUAAAGUAUAACCCUGUCCACAAGAAGAUCCCCGUGCUGCUCCACAAUGGGAAGUCCCUUGCCGAGUCUCUCAUCAUUCUUGAAUACAUUGAUGAGACAUGGGACAACAACACUGCCCCUCUCUUACCUAAAGACCCUUAUCAGAGAGCUCAGGCUCGUUUUUGGGCUAAAUUUAUCGAUGAAAAGUGCGUGGCUGCAACGCGAAAAAUACUGUAUGCUGAAGAAAGCGAGAAGGCAAGAGACGAAGUGCAGGGGGCCCUAAACCUUCUGGUUGAUGAACUCAACGGGAAAACAUUGUUCGGAGGAGAGAGUGUGGGACUUGUGGAUAUCGCUGCGAUUGUGGUAGGAUAUUGGAUUGAUGUUAUUCAAGAGGCAGCAGGGCUGGAAGUUCUGAGCAGAGAAAAACAUGCAAAAAUAUAUGAAUGGAUGGAGGCGUUGAUGAGUAAGUGCAGUGUUAUCAAGGAAAAUCUGCCUCCCAGAGAUAAAUUACUGGCCUACUACCAGGCUCGUAUUAUCGGAAAAGGAACCAUUAUUCAUCACUGAUAUAUAAUUGCUAUAUUAUUAUUAUUAUUAUUAUUAUUAUU